UUUUUCUCCUCUUUCACGCUUCCUUCUCUCCACUCUCAGAUUUAUUCAUCUCUCUCUUUUCACCUUCAUUACUUCUCAUCUCAUCUCUCUCUCUCUCUCUCUCUCUCCAAAUCACAGCAAAACGAUUGUGGUUUCUUACAAGUUACUGUAUCUAAUUUUCGGGCAAUCCCAUUCCUCCCCUCGAUCUAAACUAGCUUAAAAAAAAAAAACCGAAGCUCUACUACUGGGUUUGGUUGCAAGCGGGUCAUCAUCCACUCUCAAAUCAAAUGCCACACUUUAACUUGAGGUAUUGCUUGCUACACUAUCCUUCCAUUAAUGUUCCAACUACAUUUUUGUGGCCACUCUCUGGUUAUGUGGUGGAAGACACUCAAUGCAACGUAAACACAGUGCACUUUAAUCAUCAUGUAGCUAUGGUGAAGAACAUGUCUCCCUCAUUUACCUUUGUUAGCUGUCCAAGAGUUCAUCCUUUUGGAGCCUUACAAAUCAGUGUUGGUGUGGGAGAUGCAUCUGAUUCUGGCAAGUGUGACCAGUCAAAAGUUUCUGAGAUCCAAAUUUUAAAUGAGGAUGAUCAAGUAGUUAGCAAUGACUCUGAAGAUACCAUUGAAGAUCAUAAGGAAAGGCAACGGCGGAUAAAGAUAGGGUUAGCAAACAAGGGAAGAGUGCCAUGGAACAAAGGCAAGAAACACACUGCAGAAACCCGUGAUCGUAUCAAGCAAAGAACAUUAGAAGCCUUGAGAGACCCCAAGGUGAAGUCAUGUAAGGUUAGGAAGAAGAUGUCUGAACAUCCACGUCCUCACAGUGAUCGUAUCAAGGCGAAAAUAAGCUCUUCACUUCGAUGUGUUUGGCAAGAGCGUUUGAAAUUGAAAUAUUCAAGGGAAAGGUUCUUUUGGUCAUGGGCAGAGAGCAUAGCGAAAACAGCUAAGAAAGGUGGUAGCAACCAGCAAGAGCUAGAAUGGGAUAGCUAUGAUAGGAUGAAACAAGAAAUAGUCCACCAAGAGCUUCAGUGGGUUGCAGAAAAGGCAAAGGCAAAGGCAAAGCAGAUGGCAAAGGCAAGAGCAGAGAGAUUCAUUCUUUCAUGGGCUGAAAGUAUAGCAAAAGUGGCUAAGAAAGGAGGAAGUGGCCAACAAGAGCUAGAUUGGGAUAGUUUCAAUAAGAUUAAACAAGAAAUGGUUCUCCAACAGCUUCAAUGGACUGCAGAAAAGGCAAAGGCAAAGGAGAUGGGAAAGAUAAGAUCAAGGCUUGCUCAAAAGAGAAAAGAACGGGAAGAGAAGGCAAGAGCAAGAGGAGAGAUUAAAAGAAAGAUACACAGAAAGUUAAAGGAAGACAAAGAGGACUUUGCAGUUACCCAAGUGUCAAAACUCAAGCAGAAACUAACAAAGGUUCACAUUAAGGAAUCCGUAAAUGUUCAAGUCACUGGUUGGGGGAACACAGUGGUUUCGCAUUUUGGAGGUUUAGAGAAAUUGGACCUAGAAAUUGUAAAGAGAGAAAAAAUGCGAAGAGAAGUCUCACUUGCUGAUCAGAUCCAAGUGGCCAGAAUAAAAAAAUCUGAAUCCAUGGAUAGAGAAGCUCUGGCAGCAUCAUCCUCUGAUUACCGAUCCAAUAAAAAUACUGAGGAAUGAGCUUAGGUGACCACUCUUUCUAAUUUUGAUCGUCUUCUUGUCUGAGUUAUACCUUGUGCAUUGCUCAAUUGUUGAUGGUUAUUAAUUUGAAGAAAUAAUGGAAUUUUACAAUAGCCAUUCCUAUUUUAAUUAGUUGUAAGAUUCUGAUUCUCAUUUCUUCGCCCUUGCAUAGUUUUCAUCAUAACUGCUAUCUCAAUUCUUCUUUUCCCAAACGGAGGAUAACAAAUUCUUCUUUCUCUAUAUUGUUUUGUUUGCAUA